AUGAUCCACCAUGGCGACGUGUUCGGCCGCAAACCUCAGGAGGUGCUUGCUGCCUUGUCCGCCUCAGUUCCCAAGGAUGCCGUUCUCCUCGUGUUUGCAGCCCCUCCUUGUCACGACUUUUCCCGGAUCCGGAGUGAUCCCCCAGGUACGCAAGGUCCAGAAGGCUCCAAGUUCGUUCGGUUCGCGAGGUGGCUCAAAGAGUUCGCUCAAACCUCCAGUUUUAGAGUACUCUUCCUUGUUGAGAACGUGCAGAUGGCCGCCUCACAGCAGACAGAACUGGACGAGGCUCUAGGCUGCCGAGCGUUCGCUUGCGACGCUGCAAGCUGGGGCAUCGUGUCUCGCCCUAGACUCUGGUGGUCGAACGUGGUCAACCCACCGCCAGAAAACGUUCGCGAGCCGCCGGUCACCUUAGGGGGACAGGUCGCAGGCAAGAAGGACCUGCCAGACCCAGCCGCACGUGAGUGGCUUCAGCUUCUUCCGAGCGGUUACACGGCGUCAGUUUCGCCACAGGCAAGAGCAAGGUUACUCGGCAACGCGUGGCAUGCCGGAGUAGCCAGACUCCUCGUGCUCCUGGUGUUGUGUCAGGCGGGAGUCAUGGACGCACACCCCGUUCAGGCCGAAGAAUGGUACGCCAAGGUGCCAGACCCGUGCUUUCAGGUUCGCUGGCAUCCAGACGGAAGCCGACCUUUGCAACGGGUCGCUUCCUGGUGGUUGCGUUCGACCCUCUCAUGGGAUCCGAACGAGACCCAAUCCAGCGAUCUCAGGUCACCGGGCGCAGGGGCCGAAGCACACGUUCACUGGGCCCAACAGCUGACAUAUGCAGACGUGUUUCCAGCGCCUCUCAACCCCUGCUUGGCAUGGACCUUCCAGGUACAGGCAAGGUUAGGCCUUAAGGUAGUGCAGGUCCGCGAGUCAGUACUGCAAGAUCUCCGGGCCCUAGUCGCAGAACUGCAAGAAGACCAAGACGAAGCCCUCCAGUCACUUCCAGCGCACGUGGCCGCGGUUUACAGACAGGGUUCGCCACAACUUCGGUUUCAGCUUCUUCCCCUAGCGUGGUUACUAGAACUUUGCCAGUUUCCGGGUCGCACUGAGCUCCUGACUGAGCUAUUCUGGGGUUUUCGGUUACUAGGCCCGAUGGUCGCGGAUCCGCCCUCCACCCAACCCGAGCACCACGAGGUAAUGGUCGCAGAACUCGAGAAGGAGCGUCAGCUGGGUCGUGUGCAAGGUCCGCUUCCCCUCUCCCUUCUUGGGAGUGGUCAAGAGCCAGCUGCAGUCGAUACCAUCUCAGCUGUCGACACACCACCAUACCUCGGCGGCCCUACUGUGGUCGGCGGAGUUCUGCAGUGCUCCGAGACGUUCGCCGAGCCGGUGCUUCUGGGCGCCAUAGACCACGAAGGGGCCUACAGAUCGCUACCAGUUCGCGAGCCCACGGAGUGUGGACUGGUUAUGCCAGGAGUUUCUCCGAGCCUAUGGGCUCACAACGCUUUGCCCUUCGGGUCGGUAGGUUCAGUAUGGGCUUACCUGCGGGUCGCCGAUGUUGUAUCCUUCCUGACCAUAUCGUUGCUCCUAAUGUUCGCUGCACACUACGUCGACGACUUCUUCGCCCUGGAACGCUUCAGGACAGCGAUGUCCGGCUUCGCAGUUUUCCAGGCGUUCCACCGAGUCUUGGGCUUUCGCAUGAAGGAGGAGAAGCCCAAAGAGCCCCGGUUCGCUCAGACGUUACUGGGCAUAGAAUGGACGCUGACUGCAGAAGCGAUUUUCGCAUCGCCGGGAGCCCGCAGAGUCACGAAGCUGGUCGAGACGAUCACCGACUUCUUGACAUCCGGUCGCAUGUCAGCCUCAGAGUGUUCGCAACUUACGGGCAAGCUGUGCUUUACAUGCACUUGGGUGUUCAACCAUGUAGGUCGCAUGCUACUUCAGCCCCUGUACCACCGUCAGCACAACGGUUCGCCUGGCUCGAGUCCGCUGACUCCCAGGCUGCAACAAGCACUUCACCAACUGAGGGACCUUUUGCCUAGGUUGCAACCUCGGCGGUUCGCGAUAGCCCCUCCAGAGCGCAGACGACCAGUCGCGCACUUAUAUGCUGAUGCAUUCCUGACGGUACACGGAGUUCGCCGUGUUGCAAACAAGUGGCUGCCGGAGCUUCCAACAGCCCAGGAGCUCAGCACGGCUACGAACGGUUUCGGGGCGAUAGUGUUCGUCCCAGGUCGCCGCCCUCUGGGAUUCCGAGGCGAAGUACCGUCAACUGUGCUAGCCAACCUGGCUGCCUCCAGGGCAUAUAUAUUUUGGUUGGAGGCAUUAGCACAGCUGGUCGAAUUAGCCACCAUCUGCGACCUGGUCGAGACUCACGUCUGUUGUUGGGUCGACAACACAGCAGCUGAACACGCUCUCAACAAAGGCUACUCAAAGGACCUCCGACUCUCGGCUUUAAUCGGAGCUUUUUGGGUUUGGGCCGCCUCUAGGUCGCUUUCAGUUUCUUUUCAUAGAGUCUCGAGCGAAGAGAACGUUUCCGACGGCAUCUCAAGAGGCGACCUUAGCGAUCUUCAGUUCGCCCAGGGCCAGUUCUACGAAGUCUCCUUCAAAGAAGUUUGGCCCCUUUUGGAACAGUUUCGCGACGACUACCGAAGUUACCAAGCAGAGUUCGCUCAGAUGGUCGCCCUGUUGGCGACACAACUUCGCUGA